AUGGCUCACCUCGGCCUAGGGCCGGAUACGGGGCUGAUUGCAGCAGUCCAAAUUGGAGUAGUCUACAUAUGGCGCCACGGCAUUACUGGCGUUGUUAACCGUUUUUCAAGUGUCAAAUAUUUAAAUGAAUGUCCUGUACAGCCCAAUCUUCCUGUUUAUUUACUUGUUGUGGGCUCAAUGGGUCUGGUUCGUGUGCUAAAUUUACUUUGGAAACAGUUUCGUCGUCGACGAAUGCGUAAAAAUGAGGGUAUCGAGUUAGAUCAAGAAGAAGAACCGGACAUUGGUAACGGAAGUGGUUUCACAGAUGCUAUAUUAAAUUUAUUUCUAUUGGCUUGGUUUAUCGUCGGACAAUUUUGGACAUACAGUAUUUUUAUGCCAAAAUUUGAAGCUGAACUAUUGAAUCCACAUGAUUAUUGUCAUAAAAAUGUUUACAUUUUUACGCUAAUUCAUAUUGGUUUCGUUUAUGUGAUGUUAUUAGCGUCUAUUAUGUUUUUAAUUGCGCUGACUAUGUGCGCGGCUUGUCCGCAUAUCCUCGUUAAACCUCAAAGAUGA